AUGGCAACAGUUGAGAUGGCCGCUGCACCGGUAGCGCCUGCUUCUGCUGUGAAUAACAUGGUCGAUGAAAAAGGAGUUGUACCUUGUGCAGUCGAGAUUGCGAACCCUGAAGGUCGCCCAGCAUGCUUCAAAUCGACAAUACAGGAAGUGUUGUUUGUUUUGACAGCGACGAUGGCCAUCGCGAUGGGCGCUUUCCUCAGUGGCGCCGUUUCCGUCAUUUCAGCUUCUGUUGGAGCAGAUCUGGGUAUGACUACAGCAGAGAUCACCUGGAUGAGCUCGGCCAAUACGUUGGCUGGUGGUGCAUUCUUGCUACUAUUCGGCAAAUUGGCUGAUUGCUUCGGACGCAAGUCAAUGUUCGUCGGCUCACUGUUUAUCUUCGCUGUCUUCUCGCUCGCUGCUGGAUUCUCAAAGACACCUAUUGUAUUGGACGUGCUGAACGGCAUGAUGGGACUAACGACGGCCGCUUCUGUGCCUCCCGCUCAGGGUCUUCUUGGAACCAUCUAUGAAAAGCCAUCGAAACGGAAGAAUGCGGCAUUCGCUUGUUUCUCCGCCGGUAACCCGCUUGGUUUCGUCAUUGGCACAAUCUUCUCUGGAAUCGCUAGCGACCUCUUCAACUGGAGGGCCAGUUUCUUUCUCUUGGCUAUCAUUUAUCUCGUUUUCAGUAUUCUGGCUAUGUUCACGGUACCAAAGGACACGACACCCAAGGAGCCUUUUACUUGGGAAACCUUCAAGAAGCUUGAUCCCAUUGGAGUCGUGCUCACCAUUGCUGGAGUAGGCAUGUUCUGUGCAGCACUUUCAUCAGGCGAUACAGCACCUCAAGGCUGGAGAACAAGCUACAUCAUCGCCAUGUUGAUCGUCGGCGCUCUCCUCAUCGUUGCUUUCGUUUUCUGGGAGAACUACUACCCUCACCCCUUGGUCCCCAUGUCCAUCUGGUUCGACAAGAACUUUUCACUUCUCAUGAUCGUCUUACUCCUCGGCAUGAUGUCCUUUAACGUGGCCGAAUUCUUCCUCGCCCUAUACUUCCAAGAAGUCUGGAAAUGGUCACCUCUUACCACUGCGGUGCAUUUACUUCCCAUGGCCAUCAUGGGAAUCAUCGUCAAUAUCAUCGCAGCAGUAAUCAUGCACAGAAUCAGCAAUAAAACCCUCAUGCUCACUGGCUGUUUCGGCUACUUGCUAGCCUUCUCCCUCAUCGCCGUAAACACAGUCCAUUCUUCCUACUGGGCCUUUUGCUUCCCAUCCUUCCUCCUCGCAGUCGUUGGCGCUGACUUGGAGUUCAACGUCGCGAAUCUUUACGUUGCUUCUUCUAUGCCUGUGCAUCAACAAUCCAUCGCUGGCUCUAUUGUCCAAACUAUUACGAAGCUUUGUCAGUCUGUGGGGUUUGGCAUUGGCACGGCGGUGUUUAAUGCUGUAGGGAGAAGUGCGAAAGAGGGAGGGUAUUGGGAUGUGGAGACUAAACCUUAUUCUGCAGUUUUCUGGUUCGCUACUGCAGCAUCGGGGUUGUCUAUUGUUUUUGCGGUGUUUUUGACUAUUGGGACACAAGGAGGGAAAGAAAAGGAGGUUGAUGACGAUGGAGAUGGGGAUGGGAGUGGGGGAAGUCGGAAAAUAGAUGGUGGAUUAGAAUGA